CGCGGUCACGUGUCUCGUGGUGGGCGGCGGCCUGUGAGGCGCAUGUGCAGCCGUCCGCGCCGAGGGGGCCGCUUGGGCUGCAGCUGCGGCGCGGGGCGGCCGCUCCCUGGCAGUGUUUGCUAAGAUGGCGGACUUCCUGCCGUCGCGCUCCGCGCUGUCGGGCUGCUUCCCGGGCUGCCUGCUGACCAGCACCGAGGCCGAGCAGCAGCGCAAGUCCAAGGAGAUCGACAAGUGCCUGAACCGCGAGAAGACCUACGUGAAGCGCCUCGUCAAGAUCCUGCUGCUGGGCGCGGGCGAGAGCGGCAAGUCCACCUUCCUGAAGCAGAUGCGGAUCAUCCACGGGCAGGACUGGGACCGGGCGGCCCGCGAGGAGUUCCGCGCCACCAUCUACAGCAACGUGAUCAAAGGUGUGAGAGUCCUCGUAGAUGCUCGAGAGAAACUUCAUAUUCCCUGGGGAGAUCCUGCCAACCAGAAUAAUGGGGAUAAGAUGAUGGCUUUUGAUACUCGGUCAACAAUGGUGGCACAAGGGAUGGUGGAGACUCAGGUUUUUUUACAGUACCUUCCAGCAAUAAAAUCACUGUGGGCAGAUAAUGGAAUCCAGCAUGCCUAUGACAGACGCAGAGAAUUCCAACUGGGGGAAUCUGUAAAAUAUUUCCUGGACAACUUGGAUAAACUUGGAGAAUCGGAUUAUCUUCCAUCGCAGCAAGAUAUUCUGCUGGCACGAAGACCCACGAAAGGGAUUCACGAGUACGACUUCGAAAUUAAAAAUGUUCCCUUCAAGAUGGUUGAUGUAGGUGGCCAAAGAUCAGAAAGGAAACGUUGGUUCGAGUGCUUCGACAGUGUCACAUCGAUACUUUUCCUGGUCUCCUCAAGUGAAUUCGACCAGGUGCUCAUGGAAGAUCGACUAACAAAUCGCCUUACAGAAUCACUGAACAUUUUUGAAACAAUAGUCAACAACCGGGUUUUCAGCAAUGUCUCCAUCAUUCUAUUUCUAAAUAAGACAGACUUGCUUGAGGAAAAAGUACAAAAAGUGAGCAUCAAAAACUAUUUCCCAGAGUUCGAAGGGGAUCCCCACUGCUUAAUAGACGUCCAAAAAUUCCUGGUGGAUUGUUUUCGUACCAAACGCCGGGACCAACAGCAGAAGCCUCUAUACCAUCACUUCACCACUGCUAUUAACACAGAAAACAUCCGGCUGGUUUUCCGUGACGUCAAGGAUACCAUCCUUCAUGACAACCUCAAGCAGCUUAUGCUACAGUGAUGUGCAAAAAGACAUUUUUAUUUGAAUACCUUUUGUGUUUUUAAAAUUGUGGUUUACAACAGGAGUAGAAAAAUCCAGGUCCUGUCAGACUUCUUGAUGUGUGGCUGAAAGCUGCUGCUGAACACAUUAUUGCCAAUUUCUGCUGAAAUUGAGGCUUUAAUCUCUUCCACUGUAGCUUUGAGUUGACUCAGUUAUAAUUUUAUAGCAAACCUAAGUCCAAAUAACCUGUAAAGUGACUAAACUUGACCUCCAGUGCUUGUAUGUUGCAAAAAGUAUAUCUAGAAAACACAUCCACCAUCCAAGUUCCAAGUCCAGACUUGUGUACAUUCAUCAGAAUUACAUUAGACUUGUAGUAGUGAUUUUUGAAAACUGUUCCUUUUCACCUCCUCCUUAAAACUAUAAUGAAGACUGUGAUAAUAUAGCUGACUUUGAUUUCUCAGGUCCUUUAUUGGUUAGAUAUUCCAUAAAUUUCUUGUUGGAGUCAUUUAGAAGCUAGGAUACUUGACAAUAAUGCCUUUCCUACCUUAAAUAUAAAGUUUUGCAUGGGUUUUUGAGUAGGGUAUGCUUUAGGUCAGGGAAUACAAAAAAGUUGGGAACUGUCAGCAUUAAUACCUUCUGCCAGAAUUGUCUAAAGACUAAGAUGAUCAAGAACUAGUAAAUGGCACAGUUCACUCUAAACUUCAUUUUCUAUUGCAUAUUUUAAGUACUCUGCUUCUUAGAGCUAUAACAAAGCACAGAGCACUGUGAUCUGAAAUUUUGAUAUGUGGGAAGGAGAAGCAAACUUAGCUUUAGAAUUUGUCACUGUGCUGAAUAGCUUACCUCCAGGUACCUUGCCCCAGAGUUUAGGCCGAUUUGAAGUGCUUUUGUAUCUUUUCACCAUAACUUUUACAGUGUGCCUAGUCCUACAUCAACAAGCAUUCACUAAUGCACAGAAGCAUUCGCAAACAUAAGUGCCUCCUGUCUUCUUUCCUUCUGCAGUGGCCUUACAUGAAGACAAAUUCCCCAGUGUGUGGCCUUAUGCAGAUAUGGGUAAAUAGGCCAAACACCACUAGGCCAAAAGUCUAUACAGAAAGAUGAGCAUAACAUGUCACAAUAGUAAAUGCUAAAGUCUGCAGACUUCAGAGAGUCUGUCAGAAUCAGGUCUAGAAAUCCCUAGAACUAUAAGAAUGGCCAUACUCGGUCAGACCAAUUGUCCAUCUAGCCCAGUAUCCAGUCUGUUGACAGUGGCCAGUACCAGAUCUUCAUAGGGAAUGAACAGAGAAGGGCAAUUUAUUGAGCGAUUUAUCCGCUGUUGUCCAGUCCCAGCUUCUGGCAGUGAGGGGUUUAGAAACAUCCCUGACCAUCUUGGCUAAUAGCCAUUGCUGGACCUAUACUCCAGGAACUUACCCAAUUCUUUUUUUAAUGCAGUUAUACUUUUGGCCUUCACAACAUUCACUGGCAACAAGUUCUACAGGUUGACUGGGUUGUGUGAAGAAGUACUUCCUUAUGUUUGUAUAAAACCUGCUGCCUGUAAUUUCAUUGGGUGACACCUGGUUCUUGUGUUAUGUAAAUAACACUUCCGUGUUCACUUUCUCCACCUCCUUCAUGAUUUUACAGAGCUCUCUCAUUCUUCCCCAGCCCCCCAGUUAGCUGUCUUUUUGAAGCUGAGCAGUCUGUCUUUUUAAUCUCUCCUCAUAUGGAAGCUGUUCCAUACCCCAGUCAUUUUUUUUGCCCUUCUCUGUACUUUUUCCAAUUCUAAUCUUUUUGGAGAUGAGACUACCAGAAUGAACAUCCUAUUCAAGAUGUCAUACCAGGGAUUUAUGUAGUGGCAUUAUGAUAUUUUCUGUCUUAUUUGUCCCUUUCCUACUGGUUCGACUACCACUGCACAUUGAGCUGAUGUUUUCAGAGGACUAUCCACAGCGACUCCCAAGAUCUUUCAUGCGUGGUAACAGUUAAUGUAGACCCUGUCAUUUAUGUGUAUAUUUGUCAUUGUUUUCCAGUGUCCAUUAUUUUGCGUCUGCCAUUUUGUUGCACAGUCACCCAGUUUUGUGAGAUCCCUUUAUAACUCUUAGUUAAAUCCAAAGCUGACUGCUAUCUUGAGUAAUUUUGUAUCAUCUGCAGACUGUCACCUCUGUUUACCCCUUUUUCCAGAUUACUUGUGAAUAUAUUGAACAGCAUAGGUCCUAGUACAGAUCCUUGAGGGACCCUAUUUACCUCUCUCCACUCUGAAAACUGACCAUUUAUUCCUACCCUUUGUUUCCUGAUCCACGAGAGGAGCUUCCAUCUUAGCCCAAAGUAUGACUGCUUACUUUGCUUAAGAGCCUUUGGUGUGGGACCUUGUCAAAGACUCUGAAAGUCCAAGUAUACUGUAUCUACUUAAUCACCCAUGUCGAUAUGUUUGACCUCCUCAAAGAAUUCUAUUAGAUUGGUGAAGCAUGAUUUCCCUUUACAAAAACAGUGACUCUUCCCCAACAUAUGUUCAUCCAUGCAUUUGAUAAUUCUGUUCUUUACUGUAGUUUCAAUCAGUUUGCCUGGUACUGAAGUUAAGCUGGCAGGCCUGUAAUUGCCAGGAGCGCUUCUGGAGCCUUUUUUUAAAAAAAAUUGGCAUUACAUGAACUAUCUGCCAGUCAUAUGAUACAAAGGCCGAUUUAAGCAGUUGGUUAUGUACCACAGUUAGUGGUUCUGCUAUUUCAUAUUUGAGUUCAUUCAGAACUCUUGGGGAAAUAGCUUCUGGUCCUGGUGACUUAUUACUGUUUAGUUUAUCAGUUUGUUCCAAAGCCGCCUCUAAUGACCCAUCAAUCUGACACUUGCUCAGAUGUGUCACCUGAAAAGAAUGGCUCAGGUGUGGAAAUCUCUCGUAUCCUCUGCAGUGAGUACCAAUGCAAAGAAUUCAUUUAGUUUCUCUGCAACAGCUUUGUCUUCCUUGAACGUGCCUUUAGCAUCUCAAUUGUCCAGUGGCCCCUCCUGAUUGUUUGGCAGGCUUCCUGCUUCUGAUGUACUGAAAAAAUUUUUGCUGUUAGUUUUGUCUUUUGCUAGGCUCUUCAAAUUCUUUUUUGGCCUGCCUAGUUAUACUUGUACACUAGCCUUGCCAAAGUUUGCGUUCCUUUCUAUUGUCCUCAGUAGGAUUUGACUUCCAAUUUUUAAAGGGUGCCUUUUUGUCUAACUGCCUCUUAUUCUGCUUCUCCAUCGUGGCAUUUUUUAAGCCUCAAACUAUUUUCCUUAUCGUCAGAAUACUUGAGCCAAACAUGCUACAUAGGGUUUUCUACAGGUGCCAUUUGUCACCAGUUAUAUUCUGCCCAAAGUGCCAUUACAACUAACCCUUGUGGGGUUUCACUUUGGUUGUGGGGCAAAAUAUACUUUUGGCUGAAACUUUGUAUGCCGAAGAGCACGUUACUAAAUAAAAUUAAGCUUGGCCAAUUGGUGUGUUAAAGAAAUAAGUCCAGGUCACUACUGCACAAAUCAAAUAGUUCUGUUUGCCCCUGCCAGUGUUCUGUUUUGCUGCUUGCCCCAUAAAACAAGCUAAUUCUUGUGGUGGGAGAGCAAUUUCUUAAGGUGGGUUUUAUCAUAGAUGCACUGCAUGUGUGGCAAGUGGUUUGACAUAAGGUUCUAAUGGCUUAAAACCGUCUGCAUUGAAGAUGGGAUCAUUUUGGUAGGAGUCAGGGAAGCUUGGGCUCUAUUCCCAACUCUGCCUCUGACUUCCUGUGACUAAGUCAUUUAAGCUUCUCUGUACCUCAUUCAUCAGUAAAAUGGGAUAGUGCUUACCCACCACUGCAAAGUGCUUAGAAAUCUGUAGAUGCAGUGCUAUAGAAAUAGAAAUCAUUGGCAUAAUUAAGAGUAUUUUCCAUCAGUCUAAACAAAAAUUCACUUAUAAAAAAAAUUGAAACACUGAAAUUUCACAUCACAGGAAAUGUUCAUUAAAAUUGAUACCUGUGCAGGAAUAGCACCUGUGUUUCAGUGGUGUCAGGCACCCACAAAUCCAGCUGAAGUAAGUGGGAGGUGAAUGUUAAGAAUCAAGCCCUUGGACUUCACUUUAUCAAGUAAAUGUUUCUGAAGGGUCCCUAACGAUGAGUAAAACUGCUUUUCAGAAUGCUUCCAUACGCCUUGGACUAAUCCAAAAUACAUGCUAUUUGGUUUUGGUUGGGUGUCAUGUAUGUUCUUCCCAGAAAGGUCUUGUUUUCUUAACUGGAGUUCUAGUCACCCCUUUCCUUGGAUCGCUCAGCCUUAAACUUUGACAUCAAGACAGGGUAGGAAAUUCAGUGUGUGAAACUUCUCUCCAUCUGAAACUUACACUGACUAAUUCCAUCUAAGACAAUUAUAUUGAAGUAAAUCAUUUGCUGGUAUUCUCUCCUCCCCCCUAUUCUCUCUCACAUGUUCCCCCCCCCCCCCCCCCGAAGACUAACCUUGAAACACUGUAAAUUUGUUCCUAUGUGACAGAGUGGCUCAAAACUACCCUAUGGGCAUUUCCAUCACACUGAAAGAAAGCACCGUUUAGGCGGCUUUAUUUCUUUUGGGAUUUGUUACUGGAUGCAUUUUUUUGUGUGGAAAUGUAUAAUUUGAAUGCAAGGUGUAGUAAUGUAAUAUUGCGGAACAGAGACCGUGUCCAUAUACAUACUGAAGCAAAAGCAAAUGUGUGAUCAAAAGCUAAUAAAAGUGAAGACUGAGUGUAAACCAGUAAGUAUGGUACAAAGUCAGGGCUUAAAUUUCCAGUGGAGGUGGAAUGCAGAAAAAAUCCGGAGGCUUUUUUGUAUUUAAAGAAAAGCUACUUUUAAUGGGACUAAUUUUCCAAGGAUCAUUGGCUAGACACUGCCGCACUGACUGAUCAGUAACUGCAUUGAGCUAUGAUUUCUAUAUACCACUAUCUUGUACAGUCUGUACUUGAAGGUGAAAAUGGCAUUUAGCAAACGUUCCUUGCUGCAUUGUUUAAAUUUGGUUUGGUACCUGAAAAUAAAUGGUGGCUGUUCACCAGGUCUUGAAAAAAUCCACUUACCAGUGGAGUAGGUCCCCACAUUCCUCAGGUGGAGUAAGCUAUCAGCCCCUGCAGAAUGUAAUCUCGCAUUCUAAAAAAUAAAUGCUGGCCCCUAGAGAGGAGGAGUCCCCCUCUCAUCUUUCCAGAGAGGCCUCUGGCUAAUAGGCUUAGUCGUUUGGUUAAUGAGUGUCUGGUAAAAGGGUUUUUAAUCCUGCCAUCCAGGAUUCUAGCAAACCUAAAAUGCUUUGAGCAUGUCUGUAGUAUUGCCUGACUCUUGGCUAAUACUGAGUCAGUAUUUUGAACUCCUCAUAACUUCAGCAGAAACUUUGGAACUAACAGGCUUUUAUUCCAUCCUGCUGUUAAUGUAUGUAAAACUCAAACACACACCUGAUAGUUCUGAACACAGCACUGUUUGGGGUGGGCCCUAUGAGUUUAUAAGCAAGUUGCCACUUGAAGACUGCGAUAGUUGUGCACCCCUUUAACUUUCCUGCUGGUUGCCAAGCUAGUCAAGAAUCUCUAGGCAUUUAUCUUUAAAGAUGGUUGCAGAGUUGUUUUCCAACAGCAACAUGUCCUGUUUCAGAAUAAUCCGUGUUUCAUGCUAAAUUAGUCACAAGAUGACUUUUCAGGUCUUUCUGUAUUUGAUGGUACCAUGAUGUAGAUGAAUCUAAGAUAGGGGUUUUUUUAAAUUACACAGCAUCGCAAUACAGUGCCAUUUGCAAUUUCUUUGCCUUGAACUUGAAAACAAAUAAUUGAAUUGCAGACUAUUUAAAACUGCUUUCCUGCGCUUUCAAUAGCAGUGAGAGUUUACCUUCCAUGAAGCCUUAUGAAAAAUAUUUUUAACAACCUCAUAGAUUCUUUAACAAUCAAGAUUUGUAUUAGCUUUGUAUAAAUGUUUGUGGCUUACAGUUUUUAUAUGUGUAUCUUUUAUAACUUUCCCGGGGCUAACAGCAUCUUUAUAUUGUACAUUGCUCUCCUUGCUUUAGUUCAGAAUUGGCAAUAAAUUAUUUCUAAAGAAGGUCUUAAAGAGAAAAAGCAUCACUUGCUUUUAUAAAAUGGUUAAAUUACUAAUAGAUUGAAGCCUCUUACAUUCAGUUGUACAUUGCUCUGUACAUACUCUGCAAGUGUUGCCUUUCAGCUAUUAAUAUUUUGCCUUGUGUUUAAAAAAAAUUACUGACGAUAAAUAAACAUAUACAGCCUCA